UUCUCUGAUAAAGUUCUUUCACUAAAUUUAACCAUUAAAGCAGAGGCUGCUGCUGCGAACUCUAAUAUUGUUCAUGGUUCUAUAGCAACUGAGAUUUUACUAGUCAAAGAUAGGCCUAAACAGUGGAAAGAAGCAUUAAAACUUGCAAUGCAAGGAAAACUCUAUAGUAUUCAUGUUUCACUAAGACAUAUUAUAGAACGAAGAAUUGUGUCCAAGAUAA